AUGUGGCCAGAUGAGGGCCAGAUGGGGACUUCAUGCAGUCCUGACCUUGGGCUUGGUGCCCAGGCAGGGAAGGAGUUGAAGCAAUGCCAGCAACAGGCGGAUGAAGUGACGGAAAUCAUGCUCAACAACUUCGAAAAGGUCCUGGAGCGCGAUGGGAAGCUGGCAGAGCUGGAGGAACGUUCACACCAACUCCUGGACAUGAGCACCACUUUCAGCAAGACGACCAAGACACUGGCCCAGAAGAAGCGCUGGGAGAACACCCGCUGCCGGAUCUACCUCGGGCUGGUGUUGGGCGGCGGACUGCUUGUCAUUCUGAUUGUGCUGCUGGCCUUCUUUCUUCAGAAGAAUGGUGAGGGCAGCAGUGCCCCGGAGGCCCAGGAGGCCCAGCCUCAAGACCGGGGGACUGACCUGGUUGGGCCUGUGAGAGAGGCUGAAAAGCCACCCUGGCCAGUUCUGGCCUCCAAAGAGCCCUGGCCUUCACUCCCUUCUGAGCCAUCCUGGUAA